AUGGACGUCCGCCUGUACCCCUCGGCGCCCGCGGUGGGCGCGCGGCCCGGGGCCGAGCCGGCCAGCCUGGCGCCCCUGGACUAUUACCACUGCGGCAAGUUUGAUGGUGAGAGUGCCUACGUGGGGAUGAGUGACGGAAACCCAGAGCUCCUAUCAACCAGCCAGACCUACAACAGCCAGAACGAGAGCAACGAAGACUAUGAGAUCCCCCCAAUAACACCUCCCAACCUCCCCGAGCCAUCCCUCCUGCACCUGGGGGACCACGAAGCCGGCUACCACUCACUGUGCCACGGCCUCACGCCCAACGGGCUGCUCCCUGCUUACUCCUACCAGGCCAUGGACCUCCCAGCCAUCAUGGUGUCCAACAUGCUGGCCCAGGACAGCCACCUGCUAUCGGGCCAGCUGCCCACGAUCCAGGAGAUGGUCCACUCAGAGGUUGCUGCCUAUGACUCGGGCCGACCAGGGCCCCUGCUGGGCCGCCCGGCGAUGCUGGCCAGCCACAUGAGCGCCCUCAGCCAGUCCCAGCUCAUUUCUCAGAUGGGCGUCCGGAGUGGCAUCGCCCACAGCUCCCCGUCACCCCCAGGGAGCAAGUCGGCGACCCCCUCUCCCUCCAGUUCAACUCAGGAGGAGGAGUCGGAAGCGCAUUUCAAGAUGUCGGGAGAAAAGAGACCCUCUGCCGACCCGGGCAGAAAGGCCAAGAACCCAAAGAAGAAGAAGAAGAAGGACCCCAAUGAGCCACAGAAACCUGUGUCAGCCUACGCGCUCUUCUUCAGAGACACUCAGGCCGCCAUCAAGGGACAGAACCCCAGUGCAACCUUCGGGGAUGUGUCCAAAAUCGUGGCCUCCAUGUGGGACAGCUUGGGAGAGGAACAGAAGCAGGCCUACAAGAGGAAGACCGAAGCAGCGAAGAAGGAGUAUCUGAAGGCUCUGGCAGCCUACAGGGCCAGUCUUGUCUCCAAGAGCUCCCCCGACCAGGGUGAGACCAAGAGCACUCAGGCGAACCCACCGGCCAAAAUGCUCCCACCCAAGCAGCCCAUGUACGCCAUGCCAGGCCUGGCCUCCUUCCUGACGCCGUCCGACCUGCAGGCCUUCUGCAGCGGGGCCUCCCCCGCCAGCCUUGCCCGGACGCUGGGCUCCAAGUCGCUGCUGCCGGGCCUCAGCGCAUCCCCGCCGCCGCCCCCUUCCUUCCCUCUCAGCACCCCCCUGCACCAGCAGCUGCCACUGCCGCCCCACACCCAGGGCACCCUCCUCAGCCCACCUGUCAGCAUGUCCCCAGCCCCCCAGCCUCCCAUCCUGCCCGCUCCCAUGGCACUCCAGGUGCAGUUGGCCGUGAGCCCCUCACCUCCAGGGCCACAGGACUUCCCUCACAUCUCUGAGUUCCCCAGUGGUUCCGGAUCCCGCUCCCCUGGCCCAUCCAACCCCACGAGCAGCGGAGACUGGGACAGCAGUUACCCCAGCGGGGAGUGUGGCAUCAGCACCUGCAGCCUCCUCCCCAGGGAUAAAUCGCUCUACCUCACCUAAGCCCGCCUCCCUCUCCUCCCUGAGGCUUGCUGGAAGGGCACUGCUCAGAGCCUGAAGGGCUGACAGCAGAAAA